AUGAUCAAAUGGUACUUGAUCUUGCCAUGGAAAAGAGGAGAAUGUCAAAAAAUAGUUCAUGAAAGAGGGUAUUAUUUUAAACGAACAAAAUAUCCCAUCAUAUUCAAGAGAUUGGAAUCAACGAGAACGACUAACAGCGAUUUCUCUGCAAUUGAAUCAGAUAUCGGAUCAGAUCAACAAAUUUGGGAAUUCUUUAGACGAAGGACUGAGCGAGUUAGAACAUCGAUUGGAUCAAAUAGACAAAAGAGUGAAAACGCUAGAGUCCAUGUUAGAGUAAUUGCUGUGCUAUUUUGGAUUUGUUUGUUGAUAACGAUUUUGGAAAAUUGGAAAUAA